CUAAAUUCGACCCAACUCGAUCCCAACUUCUUUGUCCGCCAGACUCUGACUACCGAGCAUCAUGGACGACAUAAACUGUGCGACUACGAAAAUCCCAGACUUUUGGACACCUGUUAGUGAUCCGGCCAGUAGAGAUUCCUCAACCCACUUUCCACUUGACGAUAUUAAUCUAGACACUGUAUCUAACGAGACUCUUAUUGCACUGCUGGAGACGGCACCGAUACUGCACAAGCUUGGAGGCACCGCCGUUGUUCGAUUAUCGCAGAACCUAGUACUAAAAGGUGGCACAUCUGUUUUGCCCUCGGAAGCGGAGAAUAUGAAGCUCGUUGCUGAGUCAACUAAUAUACGCCUACCUACCGUGUAUCGAAGUUUCAAUACCGCUGACCCAAAUGGUGGAUACUACCAGACCCGCGGAUACAUUGUUAUGGACUACAUUCACGGCGACUGCUUGGCUGACCGGUGGGCCCAUCUCACUCAUGAUCAACGCGAAAAUGUGGUCUUUCAAAUUGCCAACAUGGUAAACCAGCUACAAUCUCACCCCCUCGACUUCGCAGGCCCUGUAGGUGGGGGCCCAUGUCAGGGCAUGUGGUUCUCUGACUACGGAGCAGGACCUUUCAAAAACUGCGACGCGAUUGAAGAAUGGUUUAACCACAAGCUAUCUGUCUGCAAACGCUUCCGCCAAAUCCCAGACUCUGCUCCUCCAUUCGUAUUCAAGCGCUUCGUGUUCACACACCAGGAUAUUACGCCUCGGAACAUCGUCAUAGAUCCGCUGGGCCAAGCGUGGCUGAUUGACUGGGCGUUCUCUGGGUCCUACCCUGAAGUUUUUGAAGCCGCGGCGAUUGCUAGACAGCACCAAUUCCAGGAUUUUGGACAGCUGCUACUCCAACAUAUCCCGUUUGAAGCAGAGAAGGUCGUACAACUAAAGAGCAUCAUCUACGGCUUAACAACAGCAGCGUUGGCAUAGGGUUCUGCCU